AUGGCGAUCUGUACUUAUAACGCACGUACGCUUGCAUCGGAAGCGGCCAUCGAAGAUCUGAUGAUGCAAGCCAAGAAGAUCAAGUACGACGUCAUCGGACUGACCGAGACGAGACGACGUCACCCUCUCAACGCCGUAUAUGAAACUGGAGAAGAACUGUUCUUAGGAACAUGCGACAGUAGAGGUGUUGGUGGAGUUGGCGUCCUCGUCAACACGAGUAUGGCAAAGAACAUCGACUCUUUUGAACAACUUACGACCCGAAUCGGACGUCUGCGGAUGAGAAGAUGUGGCCCAAUACCAGCUUUGACUAUCUUCGUCGUUUACGCUCCAACAUCAAGCUACGAAGAAGAAGAAGUCGAAGCUUUCUAUAUGGACCUGGAGAAGUUCUACCAAGAAGAUCAUGCCUUCUACAAGGUCAUAGUUGGCGAUUUCAACGCCAAGGUUGGCCCAAGAAGAACGCCGGAGGAACUUCACAUCGGGACCCACGGCCUACAAUGGAAUGACCAGGGAGAGAGGCUCUCCGAGUUCAUCAUGACGACUAAGACCAUCCAUGGGAACUCGCAAUUUCAGAAGCCCUCUUCUUUACGCUGGACGUGGGAGUCACCCGGUGGAGGGUACCGUAAUGAAAUAGACCACAUCAUCGUCAAUAAAAGGUUCUGCCUGACGGACGUCGGUGUUGUACCAAAGUUCUAUACGGGGACUACCAUCAACUGGGAUCUCUUCGCUACGCUAGCCAGCUUUUGGGAAGAUUCCGCAAUGGACAACAUCGACGAGGAAUAUGACCGGCUUGUCGAACACCUUCACGACUGCGCGAAGAAGGCUGAGAGUUUUAAAACCACCAAGAGGCGUCUGUCUCUUGAAACUCUUGAGCUGAUACGCCAGCGUGGAGCAGCACGAGCCGCAAGGAACCAAGAACUCACGUCCGAGCUCGCAAGGCUUUGCCGAGAGGCGAUAAAGGAAGACCUUAAAGAGAGAAGAGCAGAAGCGCUGGCUGAAGCUGCAGAGGCGGGGAAAAGCAUCCGCUAUGCCCGUCGAGACUUCGCCAGUCGCAAGACGAGGAUGACUGCUCUCCGGAACCCAAAGGGAACAGCCAUUGCAUCGAGAAGGGGGAUGGAGAAAAUCAUCUACGACUUCUACUCUGAUCUCUUCGACAGCCAUGUCCACUUGCCUCCUCACCAUCUGAGGGAAGAUGGACAAGUCAUUCCAGAGGUUCUCCCGUCCGAAAUACGACAUGCUAUCAUGUCGGUAAGAAAUCGUACGGCACCCGGUCCCGACAGAAUAAGACCAGAACACCUGAAGAGCCUUCCGCCAGUACUCAUCAACACCCUGGCGAGGCUCUUUACACGUUAUCUGUCGGAAUGCAAGGUUCCUAAACAGUGGAAGACCAGUAAGACCGUGUUGUUGUAUAAAAAGGGAGAUCCACAUGACAUCGGCAACUAUCGCCCAAUCUGCCUACUGUCCGUCAUCUACAAGCUCUUUACAAGAGUAAUCCUUAAUAGGAUUGAAAAAGUCUUGGAUGAAGGACAGCCAUGCGAGCAAGCAGGGUUUCGAAAAGGAUUCAGCACGAUUGACCACAUUCACACUGUUUCGAAACUCAUCGAAGUAUCACGAGAGUACAAGAUGCCGCUCUGUCUCACCUUCAUCGACUUAAAGAAGGCUUUCGACUCGGUUGAGACGGAAGCGGUCGUGGAAGCCUUGGACAACCAAGGCGUCCCUACUCAAUAUAUAAAGGUACUUCGAGAGUUGUACAGUAACUUCACGACCGGAAUUUCGCCAUUCUACAAGAACAUCGUCAUUGACGUGAAGAGGGGGGUCCGACAGGGUGAUACAAUUUCACCCAAAAUAUUCACAGCUACCCUCGAGAAUGCAAUGCGAAAGUUAGAAUGGGACUACAUGGGAGUGAAGGUUGAUGGUCGGCAGCUACACCAUUUGCGCCUUGCUGAUGAUAUCGUACUGAUAACACCUAGCAUCAGCCAAAUGCAUCGAAUGCUGACCGAAUUCGACGAAACAUGUGGAUGCAUCGGUCUUCAGCUGAAUCUACAAAAGACGAUGUUCAUGCGGAACGGAUGGGUCUCGGAUGCCCCAUUCACGCUCAACGGAACGAACAUAUCCGAAUGCACCAGCUACGUUUAUCUGGGUCGGGAACUGAACAUGAUGAACGACCUGACCCCCGAGCUGGGCAGGAGGAGACGAGCGGCUUGGGGAGCGUACAAGAGCAUCGAGGAUGUAGUGAAGAAGACCAGGAACACCCGGCUCCGUGCUCACCUCUUCAACACCACCGUACUUCCUGCUUUGACCUAUGCUUCGGAAACCUGGGCAUUUCGCAAGCAGGAAGAAAACGCGGUGAGCGUCAUUGAACGCGCAAUUGAGAGAGUGAUGCUAGGAGUAUCCCGUUUCACGCAAGUGAGGGACGGGAUUCGAAGUUCUCUCCUACGUCAGCGAUCGAAGAUUAGAGACGCUGCCGCGUUUGCCAAGGAAAGUAAAAUAAGGUGGGCCGGACACGUGAUGCGCUUUAAUGACAACCGUUGGACCAGAGCCGUGAGCGACUGGAUUCCCCGCGAUAUUAAGCGCACUACAGGAAGACCGCCGACCCGAUAG